AUGUCGCAGCCCUCACCGCCCCUCAAGGUGCCCUCCUCCGCCGCCAGCAACACCCCCGCCACGCUCGACCCCGACCUGCGCUCCCAGAUCAACACCCUCCUCCUGCGCGACGGCCACGUCUCCAAGAUCCAAGAGGCCCUGCUGCACGCCCUCAACUCCCACUCGACCAACUGGCCGACCGUGAUCCAGAGCCACGCGCUGGCGCUCCUGCGCUCCGGCGAAAUCACCACCUACCCCGCGCUCCUGCGCCGCGUCGUCGACGACGUCCGCGAGGCGUCUGCCUCGGCGGCCUGCCCCAACGGAGACGCUGCCGCCAAGGUCAACGGCAACGGCAACGGCAACGGCAACGGGCCCGCCGAGAGGGCCAACCUGGCCGUUCCGGAUGCCGUCGUCGAGGAGGCCCUUCGCGUGACGAGGGAGAGCCUCGAGGCUGUUUGCGAGAUGGACGAAGACGGGGGGGCGUGA